AUGAAGACUUUCCUCGCGGAUGCUGUCCUCUUCGAUAUGGACGGUACGUUGACCGACUCCAUCGCGGCGGUCGAGGCUGCAUGGGGCAAGGUCGCGAAGGACAUGGGGCAAGACCCAGCCCUCGUGAUCGCCGCUACCCACGGCAAGCGCGCCAUCGACAAUCUCGCGCAGUUCAAGCCCCAUAUCAGGGCUCACGAGAUGGACGACGAGGUUCAAGCCUUCGAGGAAUCGAUCCUAUUCUUCGCGGAUGCGUACAACAAACACGGCCCUGGCUCGCGCCAGAACUCCCGUAUCGCAACGCCCAUCGACUCCAGUGUGGCUACGCCUGCACUCUCGUGCGACGGCUCGAAGGCGUCAUCUAUCAUGUCCUCCAGGUCGUCUUCAUUCGCGGGCGAGCAGAGCGCCUCCCGUCCCACGUUUCUUCAGCGCGUCAGCACCAUUCUGGAGAUCGGUCAGAGUCUUAGAGAGUCGGCCAUCGAGCACGGUGGUAUGUUCGACCCGGAGGAGGAAGAGAAGAAUAUGAUUCAUGCCCUGGAGGCCUGGCAACAGGAGGCCGCGGCUAUCAAUCGUUCAGUGCGCAUCCUCCCAGGCGUAAAGAAAAUGAUCGCCUCCAUUCCUGAGGGCCAUUACGCAGUUGCGACAUCCGGCGCGAGGACUUACGCCUACGGAUGCAUGACGCGUGUCGGGAUCACCCCGCCUCCCGUCACCAUCACCGCGGACGACAAGCGUCUGAAGGCCGGCAAGCCCGCGCCCGACCCGUUUCUGCUCGCCGCCGAGUGCCUCGGUUUCGACGCCAGGAAUUGCGUCGUCUUCGAGGACUCGCCGUCCGGCAUCAAGGCGGGCGUCGCGUCGGGCGCCACCGUCAUCGCCGUCAGCACGUCGCACGAGCGCGCGAAGAUCGAGAACUGUGGGGCGCACUACCUUGUGGAGAACAUGGACAAGGCCAGGUGCGAGCCCGUGGACGUGGAUGGGCAGUUGAAGCUGAAAUUCACGGUUUACGAGUGA